AGAAGGAGACAAAAACAAUAAAAAAAUGGAUUUAUACUCUUACUAGAAGUUUCCAGCCACGGAUAUCUUGUGAAGGAAAGAUAAGCCUUUCAACUGUAUAUAUAUAUAAAGAUAGAACUUUCACGCCCUCCACUACUCUCACUCUUGUAUUUCUUCUCGGCCGACCGACCAGUGUUCCCAAGCAUGAAGCUAAUUUCCGGAGUAAAGAAGAAAGCAAAUCACAGUCGUCACCAUCAGGGCCUUUUGAACAUCUUCUAAUUCUCUAUCAAUUUCAUAAAUCUGGCCUUUUAUGAUCUUUAAUUUCAUUAUGGAUCCUCCUUCUAAUUACCCAAUAAAGACAGAGUAUUAUUCUGAAGACCAACCUGGAGUGGAUGUGAGCUCAUCUUCCUACUCCGGCGAACUGAAUCAAUCGCCGCCGCAGCCGAUGGAGGGGUUGCACGAUGUGGGUCCACCGCCCUUUCUGACGAAGACGUUUGAAAUGGUGGAGGAUCCGGCGACUGAUCAAGUAGUGUCGUGGUGCAGAGGAGGGCAGAGCUUCGUCGUUUGGGAUCCUCAUGCUUUCUCUUCAUCUUUUCUUCCCAAAUUCUUCAAACACAAUAACUUCUCCAGCUUCGUUAGACAGCUUAAUACCUAUGGGUUUAGGAAGAUAGAUCCAGACAAAUGGGAGUUUGCCAAUGAAGGGUUUGUUCGAGGACAGAGAAAUCUGUUGAAGACCAUCAAAAGGAGGAAAGCUCCACCACAGGUUAUACCUCCCCAGAACCAGCAAACCAUAAUAACCCCUUAUGUCGAGUUUGGACGGCUCGGAUCAAAUCAGGAAGUAGAUUGUUUAAAGCGCGACAAGCAGUUCCUGUUGAUGGAACUAGUGAAGCUAAGGCAGCAUCAACUGGCUACAAGAUCGCAGCUUCAAUCAAUGGAGACAAGGCUUCAAGGAGCUGAGAGAAAGCAGCAGCAAAUGAUGAGUUUUCUGGCGAAAGCUAUGCAGAAUCCGGCAUUUAUUCAACAGCUCGUCCAGCAGAAGGAGAAGAAGAGAGUAAUUGAAGAUGACAUUAAGAAGAAGAGACGUAGACCUAUUGAUCAAGGGACUAGUACUGGCGUAAAGGCUGAGCCUUUGGAAGUUGAAGACCCUUUUUUUCAAGUUUCAGAGCUUGAAGCACUUGCCAUGGAAAUGCAGGGGAUUGGAAGGGGAAGAAAAGAACACGUUGAUAGAGAGGAAAGAGUUUCUGAUGAUGAUGAUAAAGAACUUGAUGAGGGUUUCUGGGAGGAGCUGCUGAAUGAGAAGUUUGAUGAAGAAGGAAGCCAUGAUGAAGAGGAAGAAGAUGAUGUUAAAAUUUUGGUUAACCAAUUGGAUCACUUGGUUCAAAUUAAAACCACAAAGGACCGGUUUGUUUAAUCAUUAGUCUAGAACACUGUUUUAUUUUUUUUCCUUUUAUUGUAGACCCCUCAUUAUUUCUUUGUUCAAUUUAUGUAAAAAAGAAUUCUCUUUCUCU